UAAAACGCACGGUGCAUAAUUUUGUUCUGAUUUCACCAAUCGUCUAUUCUUUGCUUCGUUUAUAACCAGCGUUGCCUAGGAGAAUUUUUUUUUUCAUCCAGUUGGAGAUGAAUUACGACAAUCAAAAUUAUCAUCAUUCGCUGCCGUUGCUUCCGAUUCUCGGUAACACAUCGACGGAAGAUGUCCUUCCGUUGGUAGGCGCGGAGGCUUUUUCUGAAGCUGGUCUGCAAGUAGAGCACUUCCUCGUUUCCUCCUUUCCCAUUGCCACCACGAUGGAGAAAAAUCGGAUCAUGACGCAUGCAGGAGCCGAAUUUAACCAGAAUGUUCCUCGACACCCCACCGGCAAUACGGACUCAUUUGGAGAUACUUUCACGAAGGAUUUGUAUCAAUCCGAGAACGGAAUUCCACCACAGAUGCUGAACGAUAUAUUUCAACUGGAUGAUGCCAUGGCAACGCGAGGCAAACGUCACGGUAAGGGUCCUGUGAAGCCUCGUCUCACUAUGGCUCAAUAUGAGAGGGAAUUGGUAGCGGAAAUGGAAGCUUUAUUCCCCUCUACAACGCCCAAAAGUCGUCUCAUGCAGGAGUUGACGAAGAUCGGUGAUUCAAGUUCCACGUGUCCGAUGAAUCUUCACUUCCGAGGCGGAAACAACGUUGAUUUGGUAGACAGCCAGGGAAGACAGUACCGGGCGAGAUUUUGCGGACCGAUCCCAACGGGCAAACAAACCCAACUCGUUUAUCGCCAGAACUCCGUACCGAUAAAAUCACACGAUAUCAAUAGCGCGGUGUACACGGAGCUGACGAAACCAACUAUGCCUGGCAGUCAGAUCGAGGCGUCGAAUGCUGUUGGGAAACCGAAAACUAUCAUCAUCAAAGCUCCUAAGCGAACGAUUGCUUCCUCCAAUGGGGAGGGAACCGGCAGAAUGUCGAUGAACUCAUCAGAUGGAGAGGCUCUCCAGCAGGAGUUCAAGGUUAUUAGUUCCACACCGAUGGUUAUACCGACGCUUUCAGCCACUACCACAUCAAGUGGUAAACAGUCCAGAAAGCAGCAACUUAAAUCUCUCGCCCAGUGCGAUGUGAUCUUCAACGAAGGUAUAGCUGAGCAGCCGCAGGGCGGUGCUUCCGGAGAGGGGAAAGCUACUCCCGGUACCAGUUGUCCAAGCACUGCGGACAAAGAUACAUGUCUCGCUGAUAGACCGACCAGCCGUCACCCACGUUUUCGUACGAUUCCACAAUGUCCACCGACCGGAUCGGGGAUAGGAAUCACUCCCUUCAAGAAGCGCACUGAGACUACCAAUCGCCUUAUGCAGAACACUUCGAAGUGCGAUAAACUUCCGACUCUUUCAGCGGGUCCGAUCGAGAUUAUCGACAGUUCAGAUGAUUCCCAAGAGAUUGUCGUGGAUAACAAGUCCGAAACGACAGAGUUUCUCGGCAAAACCGAUUCGGUUCAAUGUCCGGUCUGUUUCAAAGUUUUCUUCUCGUCGAAUUCGCUUAUGACACACAACCAAAGCUGUGUGGAUGUCAUACUUGAGCUGAGAAAACAAUCGUCGUUUUCUGGCGUCAAGACGAUCACUAAAACGACGGAUCGAGUGACCACCGACAAGCGGAUAAGGAAAAGAAAGCAUCCAUCGUCAAAAGAGCAGCGUUGCGCGCAGCUCAGUAUCGAAGUUCUUCCCACGGCGUUCAACAUCGCUAAUCUACUGGUGUGCGAUGUGUGCCAGAAAUCGUUCCGCGCCCAGGAGCAACUUGAAACGCAUAAGAGGAUCCAUAAGACGCCAACUGUUUGUCAGUACUGCAGGAAGAAGUUCUACGAAGCGCCACUGAAACACGUUUGCCAAGAGAGGAAACGUUCGAUGAUGUAAUAUUGCUACCAUUCCAACGGAGCAGUAUCGAUUGGACUCACAAUAAUUGUUUAGAUUUUUGUAACCGAUAGAAAGAAAAACUAUUCGCACAUGUAUAGUUUUCGAAUUAACAGAUAUUCUCUAUUAUUUAUAGACAUUAACGUAGAACCAAAGCCAACACGUGGAAUGUUUUUUUCGUUGGUUCGCAUUGCUUACAGUUUAGUUUUAACUAAUAAUCUACUCUUCAGGAAGAGUAUUCUAAAAUAAUCUAUUUAAGUUGAGGAUUUAUAUUUUUUGCACUAUGAUUUUGCUUCUAUGCACACCUAAACCGAAGAAGUGUCAAUCGAGUUGUAUUAAAUGAAACAAUUUUCUUUUUGGUAACGCUUGUGCAGCUUGUGUGCAAAAUGAGGUCGAACUGCCCCACCCACCUAAUACACCCAAUCAAAACGGGUGUAAUCGAUUUCCUUCUGCACCACAUCGAGCGGCGUGUUACGCGCGUUCACUUUCCGUACGAAAAUGCGCCGAUUACCCAGGGGCUGUAACGCCCGGUAAUUGUCCACCAUCGGAGAACCAUGCAUACCGGUGUCGAGCUGUGAAACGGAAAACAGGAUUGCCAUGUUAGGGAGUUUUUUUCAGAGAGGUGUAAGCAAAUCAAUGUGUGUUUCUUACCAGCCGGAAUCGUCGGAUCUGCGUGAUAGAAAUGUUCAACGGGUCUGAGAACAGAACCCAUGUGACGGCUUCCGAGCAGGGUGGUGUUGUGAGUGAGCCUUUGUAGGUGUAGAAUCGAGUCAAAUCGAUUUCACCGAUAAGCGAGUUGAGAGUAAAGGUGAAAUUGAGGUGAGCCUGGUGAUCAUAUUCUUCGAUCAGCGGGAAGGACCGCAGCAGGCUGCCGAUCUCCGCACUGUCAUGCUCGCUAACCUAAAAGCAGUUUUCUAAUAUAUUCGAAAUUCAGUUACGCUUCAUCGAAUUUGCCCUCACCUGAUAGAAAAAUCCAAGCACCGUUAGACCAUCGGCG